AUGGACCCAAUCAAAUAUAUCUUUGAGAAACCAGCUCUUACUGGAAGGAUUGCUCGUUGGCAGGUCCUAUUGUCAGAAUAUGAUAUUGUGUAUGUUACUCAAAAAGCAAUCAAAGGCAAAGCUCUCAUAGAUUUCUUAGCUUAUCAACCAGUGAAUGAUUAUCAAUCAAUACAAUAUGAAUUUCCUGAUAAAAAUAUAAUGGCAUUGUUUAAUGAGAAAGAAUCUUUAGCAAAAGACGAAUGGGUCAUGAUGUUUGAUGGUGCUUCUAAUGCACUCAGACACGAGAUUGGUGUUAUACUGAUUUCUCCAAAGAAGCAAUAUAUCCCAAUCACAGCUAGAUUAUCAUUCGAUUGUAUGAAUAAUAUAGCUGAAUAUGAAGCAUGUGCUAUGGGAAUUCAAGUAGCUAUAAAGUCUAAGAUCAAAAUUCUUGAGGUGUAUGGUGACUCAGCCUUGGUCAUCCACCAGCUGAAAGAGUAUUUCGAUGAAAUUACUUCCCAGCAUAUUCCUCGUGAGGAGAAUCAAUUAGCUGAUGCUUUAGCCACUUUAUCAUCAAUGUUUGUAGUGAGUCAAAAAGAAGACAUGUUGUUCAUAAAGAUGCAACAGCUUGAUCAUCAUGCCUGUUGUCAAAUGGUUGAAGAAGUAAUUGAUGGUAAACCUUGGUAUCAUGACAUUAAAAAUUUCCUAAAACACCAAGAAUAUCCAUUAAAUGCUGCUGAAAAUAACAAAAGGACAUUGAGGAGGUUAACAAUGAGUUUCUUUCUGAAUGGAGAUGUGCUCUACAAAAGGAAUCAUGAUAUGGUUCUGCUUAGAUGUGUGGAUGCUUAA